AUGAAAGAUGAAAUUGCUGCCACGGUCUUCUUCAUCACAAAGCUGGUGAAAAGGGAAGACAAGCUGAGCAAGCAUAAAAUAGAGAAAUUUGCAGCCAGGCUGACUGCCAUCCUGUUUGAGAAGUACAAGAACCACUGGUACCCAGACAACCCAUCCCGAGGACAAGGCUUCAGGUGCAUCAGGAUAAACAAACACCAGGCCAGAGAUCCCCUGCUGGAGCAAGCCUGUGUGGAGAGUGGUGUGGACUUCAACGAGCUUGGUUUGCCCAGGGAGAUGACGCUGUGGGUUGACCCCUUUGAGGUGAGCUGCAGGUACGGGGAGAAGAACCAGCCCUUCACCAUCGUGCGCUUCGACGGGAAGGAGAACCCCGAGCUGCCGCAGCUCAUCAGCUAUGCCGUGGAGAGGGCAGCCCUGGACUAUCACUCUGGCAGCUCCUCGGAUGAGGAGAGCUUCCACAGGGAGCCCAGAGCCAUCCCUACUGUCAGCAACCCCAACAGUGUGUACCAGUUCAGUGACUACUACAAGGCUCCCGCCCAGCCCUGGUCCCUGUAUCUCCCCAGGAAGACCUACCUGGCUGAUGGCUCCUACUAUGGCCAGCACAGGGGUUACAAGGUCUACAGGCCCUCAGCUGCCUUCUCGGGGCCACGUGUGGACAGGUACCACUGGGUCAACACCAAGCGGUAG